GAUGGGCACCCGGGGCGGGUGGCCUUGGAUUUUGUUGCCGCCGCCGCCGCCGCCGCGACCGACGACCUGUCUUUGGGGUCCUGUGUAAGGUCCGGCUGGUCUGGACCUGCCUGUGGAGUGGGAUGGACUGGCUGAGGGACCCAGUCCCUUGCCGGUGGCAGGAGUAUGGGGCGGAGUGAAGCACGCUCUGCGCCCUGUCUCCUUCUAGUUGUCGGAGACAUAGCUUCGGACCGCGCGCUAACAGGGGCUGCUUUCCCGAGCCGGGAGCCCCCUUCCCGGGGUUGGAGCUACGCUACGCAGCCAGCGAGAGGUCCCCAAGGACGGAGUGGAAAAGUCAAAUCUUACCUGUCAGUGCUGUGUGACAGCAUCGCGACGGGAUCUGCAGAAUCUGAACUCGAUCCGUAAUGCCUCCUGCCCACCUCUCUCAAGAUGGAGGGGAAGCUUGUGGAAGAGCCUAUUCAAGAGGUACCUAAACUCAAACUUUCCACCAAGGUAGAAAGCACAGGACACUGGGUGGUGGAAGAUCAUGCUCGAAUAUGGGAAGUUUUAAAGACGGAGGAGAGCUCGAUUCAGGACUGGGGUGAAGAGGUAGAGGAAGGAGCUGUUUACCAUGUCACCCUCAAAAGAGUCCAGAUUCAACAGGCUGCCAAUAAAGGAGCGAGAUGGCUAGGGGUUGAAGGGGACCAGCUACCUCCAGGACAUACAGUCAGUCAGUAUGAGACCUGUAAGAUCAGAACCAUAAAAGCUGGCACCUUGGAGAAACUUGUUGAGAACUUGCUGACAGCUUUUGGAGACAAUGAUUUUACCUAUAUCAGCAUCUUCCUGUCAACCUACAGAGGCUUUGCUUCCACUAAAGAAGUGCUGGAACUGCUGCUGGACAGAUACGGAAACCUGACAGGCCCAAGCUGUGAAGAAGAUGGAAGCCCGAGUUCAUCAGAGUCCAAGGCGGUGAUCAGGAAUGCCAUCGCGUCAAUCCUGAGGGCCUGGCUUGACCAAUGUGCAGAAGACUUCCGAGAGCCGCCUCACUUCCCUUGCUUACAGAAACUGCUGGAUUAUCUCAAAAGGAUGAUGCCAGGCUCUGACCCAGAAAGACGAGCGCAAAAUCUCCUUGAGCAAUUUCAGAAACAAGAAGUGGAAACUGACAAUGGACUUCCCAGUACCAACUCCUUCAGCCCAGAGGAGGAAGAGGAAGCAGAGGGUGGAGGGCCAGCAGAAUUCACUUGCUUCUCAGAAGAUCUUGUGGCAGAGCAGCUGACAUACAUGGACGCACAACUAUUCAAGAAAGUUGUGCCUCACCACUGCUUGGGCUGCAUUUGGUCUCAGAGGGAUAAGAAGGAAAACAAACAUUUGGCUCCUACAAUCCGUGCUACCAUUUCUCAGUUCAAUGCCCUCACCAAGUGUGUUGUCAGUACCAUCCUGGGCAGCAAAGAACUCAAAACCCAGCAGAGAGCCAAAAUCAUUGAGAAGUGGAUUAACAUUGCUCAUGAAUGUAGAAUCCUGAAGAACUUUUCCUCCUUAAGGGCCAUCGUUUCAGCACUGCAGUCUAAUUCCAUCUAUCGCUUGAAAAAGACUUGGGCUGCCGUCCCAAAGGACCGAAUGCUAAUGUUCGAAGAACUUUCAGAUAUCUUCUCAGACCAUAAUAACCACCUGACCAGCCGGGAACUACUGAUGAAGGAAGGAACCUCUAAGUUUGCAAACCUGGACAGCAGUGUGAAGGAAAACCAGAAGCGAACCCAGAGGCGGCUGCAGCUCCAGAAGGAUAUGGGUGUGAUGCAGGGAACCGUACCCUACCUGGGCACCUUCCUGACCGACCUGACCAUGCUGGAUACUGCUCUUCAGGACUACAUCGAGGGAGGACUGAUAAACUUUGAAAAAAGGAGAAGGGAAUUCGAAGUGAUUGCCCAGAUAAAGCUCUUACAGUCUGCUUGCAAUAGCUAUUGCAUGACCCCAGACCCCAGGUUCAUCCAGUGGUUCCAGCGGCAGCAGCUCCUCACAGAGGAGGAGAGCUAUGCCCUCUCCUGUGAGAUUGAAGCAGCCGCUGAAGCCAGCACCACUUCGCCCAAGCCUCGGAAGAGCAUGGUGAAGAGGCUCAGUCUACUGUUUCUGGGGUCUGACAUUAUCACCAGCAGCACUCCCACCAAAGAGCAGCCCAAGUCCACAGCCAGCGGGAGCUCCGGUGAAAGCAUGGACUCAGUCAGUGUGUCAUCCUGCGAGUCGAACCACUCAGAGGUGGAGGAGGGCUCCAUGACCCCCAUGGACACCCCUGAUGAGCCUCAGAAAAAGCUCUCUGAGUCCUCCUCAUCGUGUUCCUCUAUCCAUUCCAUGGACACAAAUUCCUCAGGGAUGUCGACCUUACUCAACCCCCUCUCUUCCCCGCCGUCCUGCAACAACAACCCUAAAAUCCACAAGCGCUCUGUCUCUGUGACGUCCAUUACCUCCACAGUACUGCCCCCCGUUUACAACCAACAGAACGAAGACACCUGCAUCAUCCGCAUCAGCGUAGAAGACAACAAUGGCAACAUGUACAAGAGCAUCAUGUUGACAAGCCAGGAUAAAACCCCUACCGUGAUCCAGAGAGCAAUGCUGAAGCACAAUCUGGACUCAGAGCCCGCCGAGGAGUACGAGCUGGUGCAAGUCAUCUCGGAGGACAAAGAACUUGUGAUCCCAGACUCAGCAAAUGUCUUUUAUGCCAUGAACAGCCAAGUGAACUUUGAUUUCAUUUUACGCAAAAAGAACUCAAUGGAAGAACCAGUGAAACUGCGUAGCCGGACCAGCUUGACAUUGCCCAGGACAGCUAAACGGGCCUGCUGGAGUAACAGGCACAGCAAGAUCACCCUCUGAGCACGGACAACAGGGACCCAGGGCUUGCCCAGAGCAGAGUCUGCCAAGAACAGGCCUGGUGAUUGCUACUACCAUCCAGUGUUAGUAGGUUAUUGGUGAAGUCAAGAGAUAUUUAUUGAGUACCUGUGGUGCGCGUAGCACUACGUAGGGAAAUUGGAAAUGACUUCGACAUGAAAAGGACAAAUGAUUUACUGAUCCUCUUUGACUUUUUUGAGACUGAAAUACAAAAUUAUCCACAUUUUAUAUAUAUGCACACAUAUUUAGUAUAUAUAUGUAUAUAUAUACAUAUAUAUGAUAUAUAAGAGAGACUUUAUGGGAUGUUCGGAACUAUGGAAAAACAAAUUUGCACAAUGGCUUGGGAAGUUGAGGUCACUUUUUACAGGGAAACAAGGAACUGAGAACCUAGUCUUAGACUUCCCAAGAAGUAGAGUCAGUCAGUCCUAGGAGUACACAGUGUCCUUUGUGCCAGUAUUACAAGAAGUCCAAGCUUUAUUUUUGUAAAGGGAGAGGAUUACUUUCUCAAUCAAGUGCCACCACAUGAAACAACUGCAGAGGCUGGAACUGCCACAGGCUGAAUGAAAGGCCACUUUGGAAAGGGUUUGGAUAAGUCAGUGGCCUCCAACCUCUGUCUGCAUCUGCCGAUUUCUGCUCCCAGGGAGGGCCAGGAAGAGCUCCGAGGCCCCUACACCCCACUGGCUGCCAUCACACACCUCUAGAGUCACGGCCAUACCAUCCUGAGCAUGCUGGAUCUCGUCUGGAGUCAACACAAGCCUGUUUGAUUUCUGGCAACCCUGUUGUUUCUGUUUUGUCUCCUAAAGAAUAUACCAUAAUCAUUGCACAAAAGCCAUGCUUUUUGAUAACUUAUCAGCCAGAAAAGAAAAUACAAAAGAAUGGUGACUCAUUUGGACUCUUACCUGUCUUGAAUGCCACUACUUCAUUGCCUUUUCUGAUUGCCUUUUGCAUGUGAAACUGUAUGUCUAGAUUUUUUUGCCAUCUGGAUCCUAGUACCUCUAUAUUAUGUGCAAUUUGUUCCUCAGGUGUAGAAAUUUCUACUGCAAUUGACUACAUUUGAUCAGUUUGAGCCUGUGAAUGAUUUCUGAGUAGUGAUUCCCCUGUCACUGGCCCCACAGAUGUUCCCUGCUGAUAACAAUAUCCAUUUUACUUUUAUAGUGUCCCUGUGCCUCGUCAUGGGGAAAGAAACAGGAGUGCAUAUUUUAUCUCAGUCCUUUCUCAAAGAGGUACAUUCUUCCGGAUGGACUCAAUAGCCUUCUUCUUUAGGUCCCCAUAUUUGCUAACAUGGUGUCACUGUUAAGUGACAGUUCUGUCUCUAGUAACACCAUCGUACUCUGCCUUCCAAAUCUGAGCUAUGCUGGGGUUUGAACUAAAAAGCCAUAUGUGGAAAGUUGACACAUGUAAGAAGCACUUUCAAAUUGUUAUUUUUUUUAAGCAAAAAAAUCCCCGAAUACCAGUUUUUAUUCCAAAAAUAGAGAGAUCGAACCCAGAAAAAAGUGCAGAUUAUAACAUGGAGCUUUUUUUCCUCUGAUCUUGUAAUACAGCCCUCACAGUUUGUGUGGGAUUUGUGUUAUAUAAAUAGCCAUAUGAAUUCUGCAAGAAAUAGCGGGAAACAUUUAGAGAUUUGUGGUGAUGGACCAAAGAAUGAGCCAAGAAGUCCUCAGAGUUCCUUGGUCUUUGUAGGAGAUCGGACUUUGUAGGAGAGUGACUGGGUUUCAACUGGUCAAAAGCGUUCUUCUGUCGGUGAGCCUGGUUGGAUUUGUGCUUCUGUGCAUGGAGAAGAGAUGGACAGGGUCUCAGCCAUCAUGAAGAUUGAAGGAAUGUAGCCUCAGGCUGAUUUUCUUGGUGUGAAGGUCAAAAAGAAGAUGUAAAACUAUCAGUCUCACUUAGGGUGUGGCUACCAAGACAUACCUGUUGUGCCCAUGUGCUCACCCUGUGUAUUUAUACUGUACAUGUACAGCCUAGAUUUCUAUACUGCAAUGUAAAAAGUAUACAUUUACCUUUUUAAAAAGACAAUGGAAAUUCCAAGUAGAUAAAAUAUGGCCUCAUUUAUUUAAUGCCACUUUAAUUGUCUUAGAUUUGUUUCAUGGUCAACAGCAGGGCAAUGUUUCCAGCUGCUUGCAUGCUUGUCUUUCUUCAUCCCCAUCACCUGUUUACCUUUUGGUUAAACUAAUAAACUGGUUUGGGACUUGGUUGGCAUGCGCUGCCAGACCCAAAGGGAUUGUA